AUGAAGUCAGUGACGAUUUGCGGCCUCCUGACCAUCUUGUAUAGCUUCCGUUGCGCAGUUGCGGCAAAUGACGAAGACCACGAUCAUGCACAUGACCAUGGAGAGCAUGGGAGCGGGUUUGAGUGGGCAGGCAUUUUUGAAACGCCAGAGGCAAACUACCUCUGGACGGCUCAGAAAGUGAACGGGGACUAUGCCGAUCCUGCUAUGAAGUUGGUAGCCUUGCCAGCCACGACGGUGAGCCAGCAAGCCCUCCACGACAUGGAGACACAGGGAAAAGAAGCCAUGGAGCUCAUCUGCACUCCAGUUCAGGCUGGAAGCACCAUUACCCCAGCUGCGAGCACAUGUUACGAGCUGCAGUUCCAGGCAACUGCAUGGCAGAGCCUCUUCAACGUGGAUGCCAGCGCGGUGGCAGGCAUAGCCUUCUUUGCACAGCAUCUUUGA